UUCCGGGUCGCCCAGGUGCAGCGUUUGCCGGGUGGAGAGAGGGGCACCAUGGCGACCCUCAAGGAGGCUGAGAGUGAGGAGGGAGCCGCGGCGGGGCGGACUCCCAAAGCCAAGAAAGCGAGCAAAGCAGUGGACGAUUCUGAACUUCUCACUGUUCCUGAUGGGUGGAAAGAGCCAGCAUUUGCAAGGGAAGAUAAUCCUAGAGGUCUCCUGGAAGAAAGCAGCUUUGCCACUCUUUUCCCAAAAUACAGAGAAGCUUAUCUGAAAGAAUGCUGGCCACUGGUGCAGAAAACUUUGACGGAACAUCACAUCAACGCAGCUUUAGACUUAAUAGAGGGAAGCAUGACUGUCAGCACAACAAAGAAGACCUUUGACCCAUAUAUAAUCAUCAGAGCCAGAGACUUAAUAAAGCUUUUAGCAAGAAGUGUUCCAUUUGAGCAGGCUGUACGUAUCCUUGAAGAUGACGUUGCAUGUGACAUUAUUAAAAUUGGGUCCUUGGUCAGAAACAGAGAAAGAUUUAUAAAAAGAAGACAAAGACUUAUUGGUCCCAAUGGAUCUACUCUCAAGGCCCUGGAAUUGCUAACAAACUGCUACAUCAUGGUUCAGGGGAAUACCGUUUCAGCUCUUGGACCUUUUAAUGGCUUAAAAGAGGUUAGGAAAGUUGUUCUUGAUACAAUGAAGAAUAUUCAUCCCAUAUACAACAUCAAGACUCUGAUGAUUAAAAGGGAAUUGUCAAAAGACCCCGAAUUAAGAUUGCAGAACUGGGAACGUUUUUUGCCUAAAUUCAAACACAAGAAUUUAAACAAACGGAAAGAACCACAGAAGAAAAAUGUCAAGAAGGAAUAUACUCCCUUCCCACCUCCACAACCAGAGAGUCAGAUUGAUAAGGAAUUGGCAAGUGGUGAAUAUUUCUUGAAAGAAAGUCAAAAGAAGCGUAAGAGGGUAGAGGAGAUAAAGGCAAAACAAGCAGAAGCAAUCAGUCGGAGGCAAGAGGAGAGAAACAAAGCUUUUAUUCCACCCAAGGAAAAACCAGUUGUAAAACCAAAGAAAGCUUCGGCUGAAACAAAAAUUGAUAUCCAAGCUAUUAAAGAAAAGGUUAAAAAGGCAAAGAAGAAGAAGUUGGGAGCACUUCCAGAGGAAGAAGUAAAGUUAAAAAUUGCAGCAGAUGCAAAGAAAAAGAAAUGAUCUUUCCUUAAGGUUGUAGUGCUCCAUUUUUUUCCAGGAGGAAGUUUUCAUAAACUGCAAACUACUUGCAAAUCUCACUUUCUCCAUGGCCUGGAAACCCACCCCCAGUGAUUUCAAGGUUUGCAGAAAGUAAAAUUGGUAGCUUGUUCUUUGCAUUGUAAGUUUUUUGUAUGAAGGUUUUUAGCAUACACAAUAUUACCAGAGAUAUUAUUUUGUACAGUAUAUUGUGGGGUCAUUUGCAAUCACAAAUCCUGUUUUAUCCCUCUGUAACAGAGGAAUUUGGGGUGGGGAUGCAGUAGUUGCAUAGCUGCCAAGUUUUCCCUUUUCUCGCGAGGAAGCCUAUUCAGCAUGAGGGGAAAUCCCUGUAAAAAAGGGAUAACUUGGCAGCUAUGUAGUUGUGAGGAUAGCAAAGCAAGACUUGUUUGCAUGCCCAGCUGCCUGCACACCUGUACCUGGCAUUUAUUUGUGAUAUUGUGAUGUGUGACUUAGGGAAAGAAGGCAGAUUCUGAGAAAAUGUUAAAUUUUAUUUUCCCCAAGUACUGUUUACAUUUUAGACCCUACCAACAAUUUACAUAAACUAUUUUUAUGCCUC